UUCUACUUCUACCUCGGCCCUGGAUAGGCUGAUCCAUGCUGAUCCCUGUUCGGAUGUUCCGCUAAAACGGAUCCCCGAAGAAGUAAGGGAGGCGAUGGCUCGAUAUGCCAGGGCUCCGAUUUUGGGAGAGGACCCCUUGGCUCACGUGGGAUCCUUGGUGGGCCCCGAGGCUGCUCGGGAGAAUCUGCUUCGUGCUAACCCGCAGUGGAGGGUUCCUGGUGCCGAAGAGAGGAAUCCGGCUAUGAUGGCCCAGUACUAUCUGAACGAGGCUGUUUUCUGGUCUUCGUUCGCUUCCGAGUGUAGCUCGGUUGAGGAGAAACAACUGAGGAAAUAUCGUGAGGCUUAUGCUCGUGAUAUUCCCAUUUUGGACCAGAAGGCUGGGCAACUCCUCUCCGAGCUUACGGAACUCAAGCAGCUGUACCUUCACUAUAGUCGCGAGGCUAGAGAGUCUGCUGAGAAGAUCGGGACCGAGGUUGGCCAGCUCAUCUUCCGAGUUGAAGAGGAUGCUGAGAAGAUCGCUUCCUUUGCUGAGGAAAAGAAGGAUAUGGCCGCUAAGUUCGCUAGCGAACUUGAGGAAAAAGAUAGACUCUUCCAGGAGAUGAAGUCUAAAUUUGAAGCGGCCGACAAGGAGCAUAAAGAGGCGGAGUUAAGGCUCCACCAUUUUGUCCAGCAUCGGGAGCUGAUCCAGCAGCAAGCUGAUAAGGUGCCUGUCCUUCGACUGAAGCUUCGGGAAAAGGAUGACUAUAUUCGGAAGCUGGAGCAGGAGCGAGUCAACCUCUACACUGCUGAUCAGUGUAGAGAGCAGUACUGGAACGGCAUCCUGGGUGCUCGGCGCAUGUUUGCGAAGCACAUGCCUCACUUCCCUUGGAACGAGAAAGUUCCUCUAUGGAUGCAGGCCGAGGACCACUUGGUGGAAUGCCAAGCUGAUCGAGAUGAAGCUGAAGCUGAACGCCAAGCUGCUCUUGCAGAGGCUCGGGCCCAGAAGGCAACUUCCGAAGGUGAUACCACUGCUGGGGGUUCUUCGAAGGAUGCUCUCUAGGGGCCGCUCCUGAGACUCCCAAGAGUUAGGGAUUCGGGCAGUCGUCUUCUUCAGAGUCGGUCGGUUCCAGUUGAGGACUUCCGAAUAUGUGCUUGCUUUUCCC